AUGGCAGUCCGCAAUGGCCAUGAGGACAUCGUGACUUUGCUUCUCGACCGAGCUGCCCGAUUCGACUUUGAGAGCCACAUUUCGGCCGCGGUGCUCGUCUGGACGCUGCAGAGAGGCCAUCAGAGCAUCGUCGACGUGUUUGUCCGCCGCGCCCUGGCCCAAGAAAACGGGACCUGGCUCCGGAACCCGGGGUUUCUCACGAGAUAUUGGCAAGAACAAUCAGUCCUAUUCUAUUUUCUCAAGUGCGGUAUCAGCUUGGAGCCUUGCGACAUGCUAUAUGAAGCCGCCAGGGAGGGAGAUGAUGACGUCGUGAACUUGUUGCUGUACCGAGGGUGGGACAUCAACUUAUCAAUUCCGGACCUCGGCACAGCUCUGUAUGGUGCUGUGGAAGGGAAGAGACGCAAAACCGUUGACUUGCUGCUCCAGAGAAAUGCCGACGUGAACAUGCCCGGCGGAUUCUGUGGCAGCCCGCUGGCUGCAGCAAUCCAUGGUCGGAACCUUGACAUCGUGGCCAAGUUGCUUGAGCAUGGGGCAAGAGUAGAUACUGUCUACAAGGGCGAGACACCUUUGCUACUCGCCGUCAAGCAGGGCGACCGCAAUGUCGUGGACCGUCUCCUCGAGCACAAGGCCGACAUCAAGGCACGCACCGCGCUUGGGAGCUGUAUCUUGUCCGAGGCCAUUUUCCGGAACGACAGCGACAUGGCCUUACACCUACUGCGCAAGAACGUCUCCAUUGAUCAAGUGAACUCGGUUGACUGGACACCGCUCACGGUGGCCGUAAUGCAACGAGACAUGGAGUUGGUAAAGGCGCUGCUUCUCCGCGAGACCCAGGCCAACACCCUCGAUGGUCAGGGCACCACGCCCCUUACCAUGGCGGUCAGAGGCAACCAGCUCGCUAUUGUCAAGUGCUUGCUUGAGAGCGGCAGAGCAGAUCCCACCAUCUCGGACUGUCGAGCGCGGACGCCACUGAGCUGGGCAUGUCGCGAGCAAAACAAAGCCAUAUUUGACCUCUUAAAGCUGGUACUUGGCAAAAAUUGUGACGCUCUUGACCAAUACGGCCGUGCUCUGAAUGCCGCUGCCGCCGCACCCUUUAACAAUGACAACUUCGAGGAGCUUGUGCGUAUCAACAAGAUCGACUGGAUCACAUUGUCUGAUCUUCUUCGCCACGACCUUAAUGCCACCAUGUAG